GCUGCUGAAGAGGUUUAACUAGAAUACUUCACUACAGAUAUGUAUCUGCAUGGCUGGACCGGUCGAUGGAAUGUUUCUGAGAAAUUUUCUUUACAUUACAAUAGCUGUUAAAUAUGCCAUGUGGGAUAGGUUGAGCCUUUGCUUAUUUGUUCAGUUUGAUUUUAAAAGUUGUGUUUAUGAUCUCUAGGAUUAGUUAUUCAUAAUGAAGCUGAAAAAUUCAUCAGAGCACUUCUCAGACCGUCGAUACCCGAUUCUCUCCCGGAUAACGAUGACCGAGACAGACGGCUUCAGGCUGAACAUUUUCCCACAAAGGUUUAAAUUAUGGCGGACCCCCAGAGCUCCGCCCGGUGUCAACAACACCUCCACGACCGAUGGACAUCCAUCACCCACCGAGGAGGAGAGGCCCCCAACCGUGAUCCUCACAUUUGAGCAGAACCUUGAGGCAAAACGCUUGUGUGAAGCCGGCCAGCAGCUGCUGGAAAGAGAGGAGCGUCUGUUUGGGGAGAUAAAGGAGUCUGAGGCGCUGAAACAUCACGAGGAAGAAGUAAGCAAGCUUGCAGCAGAGCGCAGGGCCCUGGAGGGCCUCGUACUGCAGACCCUGAUACUGUCUCUGGGCCUGGAGGAGGUCGGCUCGGAGGCACUGACGUCUGCCGUGAAGGCCGUGCAGCAGGAGGAGGACCAGGACCAGCAGUGGACACGGAGGGAUUGGACUGCUCCUGCGUGGAGGCCCUGCGGCUGGAAGAUGCUCCACGACUCAACGCUUCGCAGCUUGGUGGAGGAGCGUAUGGACAACCCCUCCACGCCCCCUGCUGACCAGACGGGCCAGUCUUCCAUCCAGGUGGACAUCCGCACCAUGGGCGGGCAGCUGAAGGAGGACCUGCUGCAUGUGGUGAACGUGGUGAAGAGCUGCUACCCGCCCGAGUCGGGCAUCUGUGAUUUUUACGCCGGGUUGUACCACCGAACCUUCAGCGCCAGACUCAGAAAGAUCACAGACUUCGGUCUGGGGGACAAGGACUGCACUUGUCUUCUGCUCUGGGUCAACAAGCAUUAUCCACAAAUCCUUCAGAAGCCGGAGCUGGUCGGUGAGAUCGAUGUUGAAGCGUUGGGAAAGCUGCUGCCGGAAGAGUUAUUGAAACCUCUGGAGGAUCAAUACCUGAGCAAACAACAGGAAGAUCUGACGACGUACAUCCACCGCGUCCUCGAGAAAGCGAAGCAAAAGUGGAAUGAAGGAGAAGAGCCGACAAGAGAGGACGGCUGCUUCGUCAGUCCUGUUUCCUACGACAUCAUUCAGUUUAUCAAUGGUAUGGUGACUUCAGCUGAAAAAGUUGUGGGAGAUCUGCAGAAGGCCCAGGAGAUAACGUGCCAACUGAAGGAUUUAAUGCAGAGGUUCAAGAUCUUCCAAAAUGACGUCAUAAAGCAAAACAAACUGAACAGCCGGCCGGCCGUGAAGGCAAACCUCGGCUGUAUCGAACAGUUCAGGGACGUCCUCAACAAGAAGAGACAUCUGUUCAUAGAGGACGUGCGGAAAAACUGUCUGCAUGUUCUGACCGACAUGAAACAAUCUGCCCACGCAUAUUUAUUAAAACCUGUGCACGAGGUCCUCAAGCCAGAGUACCGCAAACUGGGAACCAGCGACUGGCUGAAUAACAACCUGUUUGAGAAGCUGCUGGCCGGCAUCGAAAAAGAGCUUCAGGAUCUUCAGGGUUCGAUGGAAUCCUGUCACCAGGAGCUGGUGGUCCAGCUGCACAAGGAAGUGACAGCAGAAUAUGUGAAGAGGCUCCUGAAAGGAGUCAAACUGAGGACCAGGGAGCAGCAGCUGAAGGCCUACGUCACCGUGAGGGACAACGCGGAGAAUUUGUACCAUUUAUUCCUCAAAAUGGGCUCAGAGGAGGUUUGGUUGAAGGACAUCCUGACCAAGAUUGCAGAAGUUCUGAAACUCCAAGACGUCCCCGCCAUUCAGAUGCAAGUAGCAUCGCUGGGAAGUAAAUAUCCUGACCUAAGUGAGAAACACGUCUCGGCUCUUCUCAAGCUCAAGACCAACCUCUCCAAAGCCAACAGGAACACCAUCAAAGACAUUCUGUCGGACACAAGAGGCCAACGGAGUGAAGCUGCCGAACGGAGCUUUUUCUCUGACGUUCAGGUCAAAUGAGCCGUAAACUGAAUGUAGUUUAUCUUUAAUGUUGGACUGAAAGUUGAGUUGUACAGUUAGUUUUGUGUAUUAUAAUGUUUGUGUGUGAGCUGAGUGAAAACUUCAAUCAGGUGACGUUAUCCCAGAGUUACAAAGCUGCGUUCAAAUGUCUCGUAGGCGGUAAAGAAUAGCGUCUUUCAGAUGGAAUGAUGGCUGAGUUACUGUAUGAAAGAAUAAGCUAAAGUUCACAUUAUUGCAGGUAAAUAAGGUGCUAACCUGAACCCUUUUUAGUGCUAAAUGUGUGUAUGUGUGUGUGUGUGUGCGUAAUUCUCUGAUAGUGUUUAUUUUUUAUAUUGAAUCAGUGUUACAGUUUGUUAUUUUUAUAUUGUGUAUUUUUGCAUUGCAUGUGCAAUAAAGGGAGAGGUCAAGCUUUUUACGUUUUUUUUUCACGUCAGAAUAUUGUUAGAGAAAGUGUUGAAUUUAAGUUCAUAAAUAAAUUCGGUGAACCCUGUCUGUGAUUUGAAGGUGAUUUUCUUAUAAAUCUUGAGCAGUACAUUCUUACCUCUGUUGUAUAUAUUCACAUGCAACAAAAACUUCGGUAGAAGUUUUACUGCAACAUUCACAAUUUAGAGCAUAAAAUAAUGUACGUUCACAUUUAGUUUUCUAUUAAAAUGGAAAAAACUGAAAUGUCACAUUGACCUAGGUACUCAGACCCUUUGAUGCCUCUCAUUUCUCUUGAUCGUCUUGUUUCUCCAGCUUGAUUGGAUUCAACCUGCUGUUAAUUCAACUGAUUGGACCUGAUUAGGAAAGGCACACACUAUAUAUAAGGACUCACAGCUGACACGCACCGAGCCGUGGUUUUCUGCAGAGACAGGAUUGUGUCGAGCCACAGAUCUGGGGAAGGCUAUAAAAAUGUUUCUAGAGCACAGCGGCCUUUGUAAUUCUUAACUCACAGACGUUUGGACCGACCAGGACUCUUCCAAGAGCUCCACACAGCCAAAUGUUAAGGGGUCACCGAAGUGCUAAGAAUUCUUCAUGAUGGGGAACAUCUAAUGUGAUCUAAUAGUUAAGACAUUUAACUUAAAACCACAAAUGUCAACCUCAUGGUGGCGCUUGAGGGAAAAGCCAUCAAGGGGCCUCAUUACGGUUUAUUUUCUCAUUGUUUAGGCGCCGUCUUUCAAACCAUUUUCUGCAAAACCUUAUACCAAAACAUUACAAAUGUUUUGCAAAAGCAAACAAUUUUUGCAAAACUCUUCUAACUCUUUGUACACACAAAAGAUAAUUUGA